AUGUGUAAUGCUGCCAAACUAAAUUGGGCGAGGGAAAUUCUGAAGGAACUGUUUGGCCAGUCGUUUCAUGUGACAUGGACGCUCAUUGACGGGGUGCUAGCCGAGGGCCGUAUAGCGAGAAACAAGCCCGAAUCGUUAGUAAGACUGAUAAUGAAGAUGCAAAACUAUUUCUUUUCCCUGACUAAAAUGAAGUAUGAAGCUGAUCUGAACGCACUACACACCCUAGAGGCAAUAUUACGAUGCCUGCCGGCUGACAUACAGCAGCGAUGGGCGGAGGAGACGGUGAUUAUUGGCCGUUUAGAAAAGGAACCAAACUUUACCGAGCUAACGGAAUUCAUCCGAAACCGUGCCAAAGUCGCCAGCAGUCGCUUCGGACAACUCGCCUGA